AUGAGCACGGUCAAGCAAGCCGAGGAUGAGGCUGCUGCGGCCAUGGCCAGCAGUGGCGACGGGCCGGGCGCCGAAGAGGAGACCAACGACAACAACGCCAGCGAGACCGGGACGCCCGCCGCAGACGCUAUUGAAGGCGAAGGUGAAGGCGAAGGCGAGGGUGAGGUGGUAGAGGAGGUUGUGGAGGUAGAGGAGGUUGUGGAGGACCCGGAGGAGUUGCUUCGGGCACGGCUGGUGGAAGAGUAUCCCGUGGUACGGCAGCUCGGGGUGUGCCCGCCGUGGGCGCCGGCGACGGUGCCGACGGUGGCGCUGCCCAAGGCCAAGGCGCUGGCGGGCGGACGGGUCGGCAAGGCCAAGUCAGUUGUGGUGGGCCUGGACUGGACUUCGGAGAUGCCUGUUGAUCUUGAUGCAUAUGCCCUGCUGUUUGAUGAGGCCGGUGAGCUCAUGGAGAUGGUGUACUACGACGCACUGGUCUCUCACUCGGGUGCUAUCCAACACAUGGGUGACAACCGGACGGGUGGUCCCGAUGGAGACGACGAGUCCGCGUAUGACGAUGACGCCGCCGUCGACGACGAGAGCUCGAUGCCGCCGCCGCUGACACAGAUUAGGGUCACCUCGCCGUCGAUCCUCUCGUUUGCACCCGACGACGACGACGAGGCAGGCUCGGCCGAAAGCGGCGGUGGCGACGGCAGUGGAGGAACUUCCGGUGAAGAGAGCGCAAAGCCUGAGCACUCGCCCCUCGAAGACGACGACGAGAGCAUCCGCAUCCGCUGGGGCCUUCUCGACGACUCGGUUCACGCGGUUAUGAUUGUGGUCAACUCGUUCUCGGGCCAGACCUUUGCGCAGAUUCCCGAGUGCAAGCUCCGCAUCUACGCCACACCCAAGGGCCUCCCGGGCAUCGAAGACGACGACGACGAAGAGUCGAUUGAUGGCGACGACGAUGAUGACGAGUACGAUGACAACGCGUCAGCAUGCACCGACGACUACUACGACGACGACCGAUCGGUGGCGUCGGCUGACAUGCGGUCUUCGUCCCGGCUCAGCUCCCGCGCCGGCUCGCGCGCUGGCUCCCGCGCCGGCUCGCGCGCCGGCUCGCGCGCAGCGUCCCGGGUUGGCUCUCGCGCCGGCUCGCGUGCUGCCUCGCGGGGAUCUUCGCGCUCUGAAUCGCACUCACGCUCGCGCCAGACGGCGUCGACUGCGUCAGACGGCUCACUCGACGAAGACGCCGAGGCUGCGGCUGCGGCCGCGGCUGAUGCCAAAGGCAAUGCUGAUGGCGCAGCAGAGACACCCACUGACGAGCCUCUUGAGCCCGAGGAGGACCCGCUGCAGGAGUUCCUUGUGCUAGACGUGGCGUGCGAGUCGGACGCAACAACGCUUGUGGUGGGCACGUUCUUCCGGGCACUCGCACCCAAUUGGAUGCUUCCUCCCAAGCCCAAGGCCGAGGCGGCCGAUGGCGACGGCGACGGUGACGGCGACGGUGACGGCGACAGUGAGGCUAGAGCCGAUGGUGCCGACGAGAUCGCCGACGAAGGCUACUCGCAGUACGACGAGUACAACGACUCGCGGUCGUCGUACGGCGGCGAGGCUGCUCUGAGUGGUGGUGGUGGGUAUAGCGGGUCCGAGAGCGACGGCGAGGAUGGCCAAGACGGCGACGACGACGACGACCCGGGCUACGGGCCGGACGGAGUGUGGCACUUUGCGCCGUCGGGUGUGGUGGCCAUGGGCAACUCGGUGGAGGAGAUGCUGCCGCAGCUUGUGGUUGCCCUCGCGCCAUUCACCAAGGGCAUCGAGCCGUACGUGCCGAAGCAUCUUGCCGCGGCCGAGAGCGACAGCAAGGAGCAAGUCGAGCUCGACGAGGGAACACUCAAGCGCGGACUCUCGCUGGUGGCCAAGACCCGGUCCGGGCUGCAAUGGGCGUACACCCAGCUGUUUCUGGCCAAGGGCAGCUGGCACAAUCUGGGCCUGCUGACAAGCUACAAGUUGCUGCGGUAUGUGCACCUGCCCCACAACGCGUUCACGGACGUGAGCCCGCUCAACGCGCUCGACGACCUCAUGGAGCUGGUCAUGCCGCACAACCGGGUCGGCGACUCUUGGCUGGCGCUCACGCCGCGCCGGUGGCUGGAGAGUGUCGACCUUGGCCACAACAAGGUGGCGGCGCUCUCGCCGAUCGUCCACCCCUCCCUCCGGUCGCUCAACCUCUCGCACAACCGGGUGACCCAGAUCGAGCACCUCGAAGACGCGACUCACCUCGGAAAGCUGGCGCUCAACCACAACGCUAUCUCGUCGCUCCGCGGCGUGACAGCCCCGCAUCUGAAGGAGCUGCACCUCUCGUACAACACAAUCCGGCUGGUUGGCGCGGCAGCGAUGCCCUCGCUCAGGGUCCUCGUUCUAACCCACAACAACAUCCGUUUGACAUCCGGCCUCGAGGCGCUCCCUGCGCUGGAGAUCCUCAACCUGGCGUUCAACGACGUGAACGACUUGGACCAGGUGGCGGCUCUCGGCGCACUGCCGCGGCUGACGUGGCUCUCGCUUGUCGAGAACCCGAUCUCGUUCUCGGAAGAGCUUGGGCCCGACUACCGCCUCGAGGUGCUGAUGGCGAUCAAGACGCUCACCGUCCUCGACGAGAUGGUGGUUGACUCUGGUGAGCGCGAAGACGCCGACGAGCUGACCAAGGAGCGUGAGGCUGCCGCCAACCCGUCAUCCGACGCCGACCGCGAUCACGACUCGGACAACGAGUACGACGACAACAGCUUUGACGGCGACAACAACGAGUAUGAUGACGGCUACGAUGACUACGACUAG